CAGGAGUACAAGUCCUUUCUAUUUUUUUUUUUUUUAAGAAAUCCGAUUACAAAUGGCUAGAAAAAUGAAUUUGUUAUGCCUCGUUUUCAUGGCCGUGGUAGCCGUGGGCUGGACUGCGAGUCCCACAACCACAAUGCCAACACCCACGAAAACCACCCAGAGGACCACCAUGACCUCUGACCCGGAGACGGAUAUGAAGAGUACUGACAAACGGGACAAACGCCAGUUGACUUCCACUGUGGGACAAGCAAACGUGGCCGGAGCUGGUGGCAACUUUCCCAUUUUCUUCGACGGACUGAACGUGCAACAGCCCCUUCAGCCUCUGCAACCAUUGCAGCCCCUGCAACCUCUACCGCCACUCCAGCAGCUGCAGCCUCUCCAGCCCAUCACCGUGGUGACUCCGGUGGCCUCCAAUUCGAAUGCCCAGAGCGGACAGCAGCAGCCCGGUUCCAGCUGGGUGCCCUCGUUCGGCCAGAACCUGCCCAUUAUCGGGACCCUGGUGGGUAGUCUGCCCAACCUGAUCAGUGGCCUGGGACUGGGAUCCUUGAAUGGAGGAUUCGGCACCCUCGGUGGCCUCAAUCUGGGCAAUCUCGGUCUGGGCGCCGUGACUCCAGUGGUGGCAGCUCCCGUCCAGCUUCCGGGAAACUCGCAGGGCGCCCAGGGAAGUUGUCCCCUCACCCAGAAGCUAUCCUGCCGCUGUGAGCCGCUCAUCCAGUUGCCGGGUCUCAAGCCCACCACGAAUCCUUUGAGAUCCCAGCUGGUGCAGAUUGUGCGACAAAAUGCCCGCAAGAACGUGGAUGGCUCGCAGGAGGUUCGUAUCAUCCUGAGCACCGGACAGGUGAUCUAUCAGCGAACCGGCAAGGAUCUCAGCCAGGAGGGUUACUAUUCGAUGAGGAUUCAGGGCGGAAGGUACUUCACCAUCUACUAUAAUGUGAACGAUAAGGACUACACUGUGCGUGCCGAUGUGAAGGAUACGCCACCCACCUCCGAUUUCGAUGAUUAGCUGAGUGGUCAGCUUUAA